CUUCCGGUAUGACCUAUGACCAGAGUUACGUAACCAGGUUCUAUAUAAAACAUGACUCUUUAGGACUGACGUCUCACUACGUAACGACCUCCGUCCGCGAGAACAGAGCUAACCGCCGCCAUGUUGGUUUGGUCGAUAUUCCUCGCAUUUCUGUCAACAGCUGCGUCCCAGUCAUGUCAGAACACGAGUCCCCUGUGCGGCGCCAGUCCGGGAUGGCCGCUGCUGUCCAUGUGUUUUGAUCACGACUACGUGUUCGCCAGCUGCCCGGAGUUCUGUGGACAAUGCUCGUGUGCCACCGACCCUCGCGGCCCCUGUUAUAACGGCGGCACCCGGGGCGGGAACCCCGCCAACUACAACCAGCACACCUGCGACUGUAACUGUGUGGGCGCCUGGACAGGGGACCUCUGCCAAUACUGCGGACUCACCUGCGUGCACGGUACCCUGGACAGCAACACCUGUACCUGCCGCUGCUCACCUGGAUGGGACGGACCCACCUGCAGCGAUGUGUGUGCGGACAGCAGUAGCCUGUGUGGAGCUAACCCCGGAUGGCCCACUGUGGCGUCCUGUAGUGUAGACUACGUUGCCGCCAGCUGUCAUGCCUUCUGUGGCAUCUGCGGUGGAUCCGGUGGUGUCGUCACUCAGCCCACCACUACAAUUCAUACAACCAAAACAACAACUACCCCACCGCCGUGCGACUGGCAGGUAGUUUUCGACGUCCGACCGGGUGUAGGAGACUGGGCUGUGGACGCCUGGAGCUCCGACCACUCCCACACCGCUCACCUCAAGAGCCCGCUGGUGGAGAUUUGGGAGACGCUGGGGAUCAAGAGGGUGAAGAUUACUCUCAUCCAAGGUGCCGAGAUCCGCGAGUUGAUCUUUAACGGAGUGAACAGCGACAAGUUCAGCUGGUUUUCCCGGGACCGGCUCAUGUACUCCCCCUGGACGGACCUGCCCACAGAGACGUACAACUUCUUCUCUAUACAGGGGGAGACCAACCCGCAAGCACGCAGGAGUUUCUUCAUAAACCGUAACUACGGCGGGUGUCCUGCCGACGCGGGUUGGCUUGUGGUGGUGGAGACCGGACCUCAGGGCUCCUGUGACUGGGAGCGAGUUCCCGCCGGCCCCGCCAUUUUCUACUCCAGGAAGUCAACCUACGUCAACUGGACAUCCGGCGGUGCUGAUAUCGGGGUGGCUGACCGCAUGAUCGUCUCCAUCGACACCUGCAUGCCGUAACUGAUGAUGUCAUGAUCGGAAUGAUGGUAGCGGUGCAACAACACUCAACUGAAAUAAAACAUCAGCCCGUUGUAGCUAUGCAAUAAACUACUUCAGAC